UGACGCUUUCGAUUUGCAGAUGUCCAUCAUCAGUAGGGAAAAUGAUGGCCUUGUCGUAGUAAAGCGGUUGCAUGUUGCCCGUACUUUAGCUUGACACUGGAAACCUUCACAGACCCGACCAUGUAAGGUUUAAUCUCCGCUGUAUGAUAGCUGCCGUGACGUCAGACUGUAACAGCAGCAUAAAGAUGAUGACGGCUCGGAGCACUGGUUGGACCGCUCGGACAUGUCCAGUCUCUCUCGCCAUUUUUCUGCUCAUUAUUACUUUACAUGUGGUGCAAUCGACUUACGACUUUGACCCGUAUAAGGUCCUGAGCGUCAGCAGGAGUGCCAGUCAAGCAGAAAUUAAGCGGGCAUACAAGAACCUGGUCAGAGAAUGGCACCCAGACAAGAACAAGGACCCCGGUGCUGAAGACAUGUUUAUAAAAAUUUCCAAGUCCUACGAGAUCCUUUCUAAUGAGGAGCGAAGGUCCAACUUUGAUCGCUAUGGACAGAUGGAUGAAAACCAACCAUUCGGACAGUCGCAACAUCGCGGUUUCCGCCACUUUGAUCACAGUUUCUACUUCGAUGAGUCCUUUUUCCAUUUUCCCAGGUCCAGGGAUUUUGCAGACAGCAAGUACAUGCUGCACCAUGCGCACUUUAACAGUGACGUUCUCCCAGACAGUUACAAGAGGCCAUACCUUAUCAAAGUGACUUCAGAGUGGUGCUUUGCCUGCAUCCACAUUGAGCCUGUGUGGAAAGAGGUGGCGAUGGAGCUGGAACCUUUGGGCGUGGGCUUCGGCAUCGUAGACCUUGGUUCUGAGCGUCGCUUGGCCAACCAGCUGGGGGCUUAUCAGGCUCCCUCCAUCAUCGGGCUGGUGAACGGCAGGAUGACCUUCUUCCACCAGGCUGUAGUACGGGAGCACCUGCGACAGUUUGUGGAGGAUCUGCUGCCUCACAACCUGGUGGAGAGGAUCAAUGACAACAACUAUCAGGCUUUUCUUGACAGUUGGCGUGUGGAAAACAAGCCCAGUUUGCUGCUGUUUGACGUGGUUCCUGUUGUGCCUCUUCUGUACAAGUUGACAGCAUUUGCCUUCAGAGACUACGUUCGCUUUGGCUACGUGGAUCAAGGUGCAACCCACAACACUAAGCUCCUGCAGCAGUUUAACAUCAACACCUACGCUCCCACCAUGCUGUUGUUUAAGGAGGACACAGAGAAGCCUGUAGACGUCAUCCAGGCCAGAGGCAUGAAGAAACAGCUGAUGGAUGAGUUUGUUUCGAACAACAAGUUUCUGCAGGUGCCGCGGCUCAUCAACCAGCAGCUGUUUGAUGAGCUGUGUCCCGUUAAACAGUUUCACCGGCGGAGGAAGUACUGUGUGCUGCUCAUCACUGGGGAGGAUGAAGCUUUCCACCCAGGCAACAAGGCCUUUGUGGACUUUGCCACUGUCAACAAAAAAGACGUUCUACGGUUUGCAUAUGUCUACCAACGUCAGCAGCAGCCUCUCUGUCAGGCACUUCUACACACUCAGGCUGCCACCUUUCCUCAGGUGGUGAUUCUGGAGAGGCGGAGUCAGGCAGGCAGGGUGCUGUACCGCUCUGUGAGCAGCGGCUGGAACGGCAGCGAGGAGGACAAGUACCGUCUCCACGAGCAGCUGGAGCUCCUGCAGAAAGACCCCACCUACCUGAGCUCCGACACAACCUUACCAGAACUCAACAAUGAGAUGGCUCCAAUUUUUAUUAUUCAGUGGAUGCAUGCUGCUUAUGAUUACAUCCUUCAAAUAUAUGAUGGCCUUCUCUACUCAAACUGGCGAGAGAUGAUGCCCAUUCUGUCCUUGAUCUUCUCAGCUCUCUUCAUUCUGUUUGGGACUGUUAUCAUCCAGGCUUUCAGUGAGCCAAGUGAGAGCAAACCUCACAAACCGAAGCCAAAGGAGCAAAACACAACUCAAACUGAGGAUGAUGCAUCUAGCAGAGCAAGUACCUCAAGCCGUCCUCCAAGGAAGGACUUUGUGGAAGUGACCGAGCUAACAGAUAUCACCUACACUAGUAACCUGGUGAAACUAAGACCGGGUCACAUCAACGUUGUACUGGUGCUCACCAAUGCCUCCAAAAAUGCUUUGCUCAGGAAGUUUGCAAAGGAGGUUUUCUCUUUCUCUGGCACUCAGACCCUCCACUUCUCCUUCCUUAAUGCUGAUAAGCACCGCCACUGGAUGCCAUUGCUCCUUCAUUCAGCCUGUCCUGCGGGACCGAGUGAAAGCCACUUCGAUGACGAGGAGUCAUCAGACUACACAGGCCACGUCCUGGCCCUCAACGGCUACAAGAAAUAUUUUUGCCUCUUUAGACCUGUCUUCACCGGGGACGACCCCAACGACUCGUCAUCUGACACCUCCGACUCCAGGAGGACAUCACGGUCCAGAUCCAGGUCCAGCUCUCACUCCCGGUCCCGUUCUCAUUCCAGGGAAGACGGAGCCAUGCCCAAAAGAGGUUCGACCAGGGCCACGAGCAUAGAGGUCCACCACAAGCUGGACAGGCUUGGAUUGUGGAUGGAAAGGCUCAUGGAGGGCACCCUGCCCAGAUUGUAUGUCUCAUCGUGGCCUACAUUAGGCGAAGCCUCCACCAGCUUCGCCACCGAGAGCUGAGGUCAGAGUAAAGAACAGCUGCACCUUCUGGUUUUGCCUCCUAAACAAAGAAAGCUUCAGAGCAACCAUGAUGUUUUCAGUUAACUGUUUAAGUUAUGUUUGGUAAACGUAGCACGGUACUGAUCUGUUGGCACUGAUGGUGUUGGUGAGCAGCAACACCCUGCAGAGGAGUGUUAGGAUAAAAAAAAUGCAAAUGUCCAUAUUGCUUCAUCAUAUUCACAAUCCGUAUGAAUCAUAGCGCAGGAGAUGUUCACUGCGUCUGGCUCUAUCUAAGAUUAACACCAAGAGGCAGUAGCAGAAAACUCCUGCUAAGUUAGCAGAAACAUUUGUGUGUAUAUGUAUUUGUUACGCUAUUCUGUACCACUGGUUUUAUUUGUGAAUUUCAUAAUUACAUGGACACACCCUGCUCAGUCAGGCCCAGAUAAAAACAUUGCCUACAUCUAAACUGAAUGAACUUGAAAAUCAAAGUAAGUGCAAAGAAGAGGCAGGAAACACAAAAUAACAAAGAAUGAGUAGAAAAUAUCUGAGCAGUUCUGAGCAAAGGCCCUAAAGAAUAAUGACAGCUUCCAGGGCCAAGAAAGCUCUUCAGACACCCUGCCUUAUACAGGGAAUGUACAUUUAGCCUGUAUAUUGGGUCAUACAGCCAAGCAUGGGAUAUUUAAUGUCCAAAAGAUGCAACUCAGGACCCGUAUAUCCCAAUUUGGAUGUAUAUGUUGGGCAAAAAAACAGAUCCAGCAGCAAAAAAACUGUAUGAGCUUAUCUCUACUCAUUUUUGUCUUAAAGUUGCAUUAACAAGCCAUAUAAAUACCCAGUAGAACUCAUAGCUAAGAGAAUAUAUAAAAAAAAACCUAAGAGAAAACAAAAUUUGAAGCAAAUAGUGGGUUAGCUUUGUUUGUGCUUUGUUUUGUUCUGCCAUGAAAAAUCUCUUUUCUUUAUAAAUAUCAAUUUGCUUAUAGGACAAGCCAUACAUGGCUUUUUGUCUAUCUUUCCUUUCUCCUGCCCCAGGAGUUUAAUUGUUUGCUGUAACCGCUGUCUCUUUUAUUCAUUAGGUAAAGUCAUGCAGUUUGGGAAACAGGCCUUUUUUUGCAUUACUUAAAUUAUUUAAAAACCCAUCAAGCCUCUGAAAUGCACUUCAAGCUUUGAAACCCUUUCAAGUAGGACAUCUCUUCAGAGUUAGAUUUUUAGCAUGUGGUCUGAAGGACUAGAUUUAGGCUCAGAAUUAUUCAUACCCAUGGCAGAUUUUAAACUAUUUUUAAGCAACCAAGAAGUUUGUCUAUAAUUGGAAAUAACACAACAUCUUCCAAAAGAUGGUGCACAAAAUGAAAAAUUUAUUUUUGUUGUCUUUUUACAUUUUAACAAAACAAAUGGCAUGUUGAAUAUUAUUUAAAACCUUAAUAAUCUGUGAAAAGCCUUUAGGGAUAUUGCGGCAAUCGAACAGCUUUUUUGAUGUUUUCACUGAUAUUUUUGACCACUCAUCUUUUGCAACAAGCUCAAGUCUUUGAGGCUGGAAGGCCUCCCUGUCAUCACCCUAAUCUUCCAGAUUCCAGUCAGGCCUCCAGCUGGGCCACUCCAAAACAUUAUUACUUCCAGUCAGAGGAAACACCUUGGUCAAAUAUAUGUUUCUUUAACUCAAAAUCUGCCAGGGGUAUGAAUAAUUAGCAGUUUAAUCUUUUUCUCCUUUUGUCCAUAAUUUUUGGACCCGAUGAAUAUUAAACUUUUAUACACUGAUCGUUUAAAAACUAAAAAUAGUUUGGCUUGUAACAUUUUGUUUGGAACGAACAAUCCAGACAUUUAAUACCGUCUUUUUUUAAAUCUUAACCUUUAACCUCGAAGUGUGUAUGCUUGGGUAGCUAGACUUUAAAAACGCUGCUGGAUAAAUGUAGUCAUUUUUUCCCACUGAAUGCUUAAAUAUUUCACAUUUCCUGAUGUUGAACUUAACUGUUAAUAACACAUUGCUGCUCAACAAAUGAUUUUUUUUUCUGCUCUAACGGUACAAAAUGAAAGAGGACUCAUUUUCAAAAACCUUUUAUUUAUUAAAAUGUGUGCAUCAAUUUCUGUUUUGCUUCUUGGAACUAAUAAAUAUUUUUAUCUACAUUAA